AUGCCAUCCAUGACAGAAAUCGCACACCAAUUCGACUCCAUUGAGGAUACAAUUGCAGCUUUCAAGAAUGGCGAAUUCAUCAUUGUCCUCGACGACCUCGAUCGCGAAAAUGAAGGAGAUCUCAUAAUUGCAGCGGAAUCCAUCACGCCGGCCCAGAUGGCCUUCCUGGUGCGCCAUACAAGCGGUUUAAUAUGCGCUCCCAUUACCCCCGACAUAGCCACCCGUCUCGCCCUCCCGCAGAUGGUAGCCGAAAACGCCGACCCUAAGGGAACUGCCUACACCGUCACAAUCGACUCAAGCGAUGACUCCGUGACAACUGGUAUCUCUGCCCAAGAUCGCGCACUCGCUUGUCGCACUCUCGCCUCUCCAGAUGCUACUAUUGACUCUUUCCGUCGGCCUGGCCAUAUUAUUCCUCUCCAGGCGCGUCCUGGUGGCGUGCGCGAGCGUAAGGGACACACCGAGGCUGCGGUGGAGUUCUGUCGCCUCUCUGGAAAGGCACCGGUUGGUGUUAUUGCGGAGCUUGUGGAGAGUGGAGAGGUUGUUGAGGGUGUGCCCGAGAUUUCCGGAGAUAAUGGUAUGAUGCGCAGAGAUGCUUGUCUUGCAUUUGGUAAGAAGUGGGGCAUUAAGGUUUGCACGAUUGAAGGUCUUCUGGCUUAUUUGGAGAAGACCGAGGGCGUGAAGAAUGGGAAUCAUUGA